UUAAGCCCAGAGACGCCUGAAAACGUAAGAUGGUCAACUGUAGGAGCUGCAAACAUGAAAGAAAUCAGCGUCAGCUCUAGAACUGGGCAGCUGUGGGCGGUUGAUAGGGGCGGCAAGGUGUGGCGUGCACCUUUCUACUGUGAAAUUUCAGCGAAGUACGACUGGGAAUCAGUUGGUGGCUGCUUCGCGUCUGUGUCAGUGGGACCAGCAGGAGUUUGGGCGGUGGAUGAUGUUGGUUCCGUGUACCACAGAGCAGGGACGUUUCUGAACGAAACCUCCCCUGGUGAAGAGUGGGUGCACGUACCAGGAGCAAAUCUGCGGCAGGUGGCUGUGGGAGAUGGAAUUGUCUGGGGUGUAGACUUCAACAACCGCGUGUUUGCAAAUGUUCUACCAACGCCGGUAUUGUGCCAAGUGGGCUUGACUGGACAUUCGAUGUGCUACGCCGUACAAAAGAGUAACAUCACUCUGUUGUGUGAUCUAACACGUACUUAACUUAGUUGCUCCUUGAAAAUGUUGGCAUAUAGUUACAUAAUUUAACGAGAUUCCAUUUUUUUAUUUAUUAAAUGGUCGAUGUGUAACAAAACCUGAGGUCAUUUUAAGGUCGACUCCAGAACAGCUGGGUGGGUUGGUUUAAUAUUUUGUGUGUUGAUAGGGUGUGAAGAAAACUGGAAAAUGCUUCUCUUGGUACUGCAGUAGAACGUCAUGGUUGAAUAUCUCGUGUUCUAGACAUGCUAUGAUCACGAUAUUUUGGCAUUAGGUAGCUCUUGCGCUUGUUAAAAGGUGGAAUAGAUUUGGGCCCUCUAGGCAAUAGCUUAGAAAUUGCAGGUGCAUUUGUCAAAAAAAGGGCAAAGACGAUAUUUUCUUGAUUUUGGUAUGUAGGUAGCUUAGACAAAAAUGUACAAAAUGAAAUCAUAAUUAUGUUGAAUAGGCGGACAUUUGCUUAAUUAAUGAGGAAAUUCUGUCAUAGCAGCUUUUUCAAUGUAUCUCUUGUACUGGACAGGGUGUGGUCAAGAUUUUUGGAUGUUAUAAAAUGGAAAGACUGCGUAAUCGCAACAAGUGGCUGGACGACAUAAUGUUUUAAAUGCCCUUAUUCAUAA